AUGAGUUCCCACCAGCAGAAGCAGCCCUGUACCCCUCCCCCCCAGCCUCAGCAGCAGCAGGUGAAACAGCCCUGCCAGCCUCCACCCCAGGAACCAUGUGCCCCCAAAACCAAGGAGCCAUGCCACACCAAGGUUCCAGAGCCCUGCUGCCCCAAGGCUCCAGAGCCCUGCCACCCCAAAGCUCCAGAGCCCUGCCAUCCCAAAGCUCCUGAACCCUGCCAUCCCAAGGUUCCUGAGCCAUGUCCCUCAACGGUCACUCCAGCACCAGCUCAGCAGAAGACCAAGCAGAAGUAA